ACACCGACGCUUCAAAUCAUAUCCAAAACCACAGUUUUCAACAAUAGCAAAAAGAAAAAGAAGCAUUUACAUUCUCGUUUCGUUCUCAAUCUGUAACAAUGUCGCAGGAAUAUCGUGAUCAAGCUCGCGGAAGAACCGACGAGUAUGGCAACACUAUAAGGCAAACUGAUGAGUACGGAAACCCAGUUCAACAAGGUGGAGGCACCACCGGUUAUGGCACCACAACUGAAUCCGGCAAGAUGUACGGAAGUGGUGGUGGCGCUCAUGGCCAUGGAACGGGCCUUGGAGGGGACACUACUGGCAUGGCCACGGGUGGUUACGGAACCACAGGCAUGGGCACCGGUAUGGGUACCGGCGGUGGUUAUGGAACCACCGGUACCGGUGAAUAUGGAAGCACUGGCACGGGUGCUGCCGGUGGAUAUGGCACCACCGGUGGAUCUUAUGGAACCACUGGUGGAGGCGAGUAUGCAAGCAGUGGAGGAAUGGGUGGAACGACAGGGAUGGGGUACGGAAGCACCGGGACCGGGCAAGGAGGGCAUCAUGGUCAACAUGAUCAGUCUCAUGGUGGUGAGAAGAAAGGGAUAAUGGAUAAGAUCAAGGAGAAGCUCCCUGGUGGACACCAUGACAGUUAGAUCUAUAUAUAUACAUGCAUACACAUACGUGUAUAUCAUGCAUGCAUAUGUUAGCAUGUUACUUUUUCAAGUUAUGUAAUAAUAAUUUGAUGCAUGUGUAAGCUACGAGUGAUGGAUGUUAUGUAAAUAGUGUGUGGUUGUUAUACAUGCAUUCAGUGGGAUAUAUGAGUGUAGGCCCUCAGUUUGUAGUAGGUGCUCUACUUCAUUAUGCUUAUGCUUUUUUAUAUGUAUGAAUGAAUGUGAUAUGCAGUUAAUAAUAAUAAUUAUUAUAGUUUAAUUCCUGUUC